ACUUGUGCACCGUUUGCUUUUACUAGUCAAGUUUGUAGAUUAAGCAUUGAAGCAAUGAAGCUUCCUUACUUCUUCACAGUUGUUAUUAUUGCUGAUAUUUGUCAUAUGUCCGGUGCUAUUACAUUGAAUAUGACCUGUUAUUAUGACACCUUCAGUAUCAACAGAUUGGGCAUAGCAAAUUACACCAUCAAAGAUUUGGAAAAUGGACUACCAAUGUGCGAUAACAUUAUCUACGGUUAUGUUGGUAUUCACCCGGACACCUAUGAAGUGAUCACGCUGCAUCCAUUGCAAAGUUUUCAAUUUGCUUUAGUCAAAACCCUCAAAAGCAAAUACAAGAAAGUGAAAUUUAUUCUCAGCUUAGGUGGCGAUAAGGAUUGGGAGAAACCGGAAAAAUAUUUAAAUUUGUUGGAAGCCGGCGUUGCUCAAAAACAUAAAUUUAUUAAUUCAAUCAGAGAUAUUCUACGCAAAUAUAAAUUUGAUGGUUUCGAUUUGGCCUACCAAUUGCCCAAAGCGUUCAGGCAAUAUGGCAAUAGGACUUCGCCUGGAAGUCGAAAGACGGAGUAUCAUCGUCGACAAAUGACAAAAUUAAUUGAAAAUCUUGGGAGAUUAUUAAAUAAGGAAAACUUUAUGUUAUCGCUCACCGUGUUGCCCAACAUUGCAGUGAAAGACCAUUUCAAUGUGACUUCUAUCAUUCAUAGCGUGGACUUUGUUACCGUGGCAGCAUUUGACUUCUCAUUGCCCCAGAACACACCCAAACAGGCCUAUUAUCUGGCUCCUCUCUAUGCCAUACCAAAUGUCUCCAUACAAUAUCGCCAGUCGAAUGUAUUCCAUGUCCUAGAUCAAUGGAAAUGGUCAGAGAGAAUGCCCACCAAAAAGCUAAACCUCGGUAUUGCUGUCUUUGGGCGCACAUGGGAUACAACGAAAACUCUAAAAGAUCCACAUAUGCCUAUCACCGAUUUUCUCAAUGGACCUGCUCCAGGUGGACCCAGAACCCGAACUCCUGGUUUAUUAGCUUGGCCCGAAAUAUGUAAAAAGCUGCCAAAGAUUUCGAAAGUCAGCAAAAAGAAAUAUGGCAACUACGCAUAUCGGCCCGGAUUCACUAAACGAGACCAGGGCCUUUUGAUCACCUAUGAGAGCCCCGACAGCGUGCUAGAGAAAGUAAAAAUGGCCCACAGCAAUGGAUUAGGAGGCGUAGCUAUAUUCGAUUUAACUUUGGAUGAUUUUCGUGGAAAAUGCCGAGGCGAAAAAUAUGUCAUGUUAAAGGCAAUAAGGGAAAAUUUAAAUUAAAGACAUUUGCGAGUCACCUAAUGAACAGAACAACAAAAAGACAA